AUGGCAAAGAAGUUUGGAGUACGACUGACUGCUAAUAAAUAUCGUAAACGUCUUAGAAAAGGUGAAAGCAGUUCGAGUAAUCCAACUUCUUCUCGACACCGAAAGGCCGCACACAAUGCAAGGCUGGCUAUCAGUCCUUGUGCGAUAGGUGAUGAAACAGUAUCUGAUAAUGCAAAAAAUGAAUAUAUACUGCAGAUGCUACCUGUCGAUUCAAUGCGAAUAGGAGACGAUUGCAAUAAGAAUAAUAAUGUGGGUCAAGAUAUGAAAAGUUGUGAUUCUGAUGCAUAUUCUCGCCUUUCGGCUUUUACUGGUUGCUCUAAUCCCACAUUUGAUCGGAUUCAUCGUAUUUGGAGGUACCAAUUAUCUGGUUCAACUUUGCAAAACGAUGUAUUAGCAGUACUUGCAGCUGUAUCAGAAUUAAUAAAGGAAAAAAAUGGAUCGGAAACAGAUGUUGAAUAUUUCGCUGCUUUAUUAUCAACAUUAAAGUCGACAUCUAAGGAAGAGCCUUCACGUAUUGCAGCAGUCGCCUAUCUUAUAUCAUUAAUAGUGAAAAAAGUCAAUAAAGAAGUUGUUAGGCGAUGCUUUUCUACUGCUAUAGAGAUUAUUUACUCGAAAAUUUUGGAACAAAAGUCAUCAAAUGAUUCUUGUGUCUUAAAGAAUUUAUUAAAUGUUUUUGGUGCAAUCUUCCGUUCUCAGCCAAUAUCAGUUUGGCACAAUGAUAAUUCACAGAUGCUUUUGGCGAGUAUAGCCACAUUCUCAACUCAUGACAAGCCAUGGGUGAGGACAAUGACUAGAAGAGUGAUUCGUUCUAUAUUAAACGAUCCUAUAGCUGCAAUAAAUGAUGGAAUUCAUCCUGCUGCUGGCUGUGUCGGCGGAUACGCCUUUGAGCAACUUCAGAAUUGCUCAGGAAGAGGCGCCCCAUCUAUUUUACCGAUUCGUAUUCUCUGUUUAAUCGAAGGUUUUAUGCAUCGUAUGCCUCCAGUAAUGUUCCAAAAUUUGGUCGGAAGUACGUUGACUUUAUUGACUUCUGAAGAACCCGCUGUGCGAUGUUCGGCUUUCCAGUGUUUAUAUCACGUCGUUCAACGUCAACCUACUGAUACUGUAUUUCCGAUAAAUGCCAAUGUUAAUCUUAUCUUGGCAAUACGAGAAUUUGUCCCAAGGCCAUCAGAUAUCAAUGUAAUUGCCUAUUGGAUGCAAGCUCUGUGUGAAUCGCAUGCAUGUUUGGCUGUGAAAAGUCUCGAAAAAUGCAUCGAUCUAAUGCCUAAAACAUUGGAAAUGUUCGUUCGGAUUUUUUCUUAUGGCAAUGAUUCACUUGCUCAGAUAGCUUGCAAUCUUAUCGUACGUUUGAUGGAGCAGUGUGUCCGAUCUCAUGGUUCUGUUGCCAAUCUUUGUUUAGAUUUGUUGGAUAAAACAUUAAAUGCACAAAACAUGAGUGUAUGGCGUCAUAUUUUAAAAACCGAAACGAAAGUUUUUGAGAUUUGUAAUGAAAUAAUUUCUGAGCAGUCACUGGAUGCAGCUUUGAAAUCUCUAGCAGAUUUGCGAGAGAGUGAAAAUUGCUUUUGUGGUAGUGACAUUGAUAUGGCUGUUGGUGCCGUGGUUAGACAUAUUGGCCUAAAUUCUGUUCUGCGAGCAAUACCACUGAAUAUCGACCCUAAUGUACCAGUCACUCUGAUUAAUUUUAAAAGAUCGUGGCUGUUACCCGUAUUACGUAUUAAUAUUUAUAGGGCACCAUUAUCAAUUUUCAAUCAUUUAUUUUUACCAUUGUCUAUAAAAUUAUAUCAGAAAAUAGAAUCAGUUGAUGAGGGCACCGCGAAAAUUCUCGCAACAGUUCAGCAGCAGUUGUGGGAAUUACUUCCAACCUUCUUAAUUUCUUCAACUGAUUUCGAGAAAUCGUUCCCGGAAUUAGCUCGGGUCUUGGGUGCUGCGCUGAUGGAAAGACCAGAUCUUCGUCUUAUUGUUCUCUCAUCUGUUAGAAGUGCUUUGCGUUUCGCGCGUAAAGAUGACGCUCCAUUUGAGCGAAUAGAAUUAAUGAAAAGUUAUGCCAAAAAUUAUCUUCCUAUUUUAUUUAAUAUCUAUACUUCGGAAGGAAAUGCUAGUGCAUAUGGUAGUUGUGUAGAGAAUAAUCGUAAUGCUGUGCAUCUUUCUAUUCUAGAAACCGUUAGUUUAUAUAUUCCGUUAACUCCAGACGAUCUCAUUCAUCGAUAUAUUAUUUCGGCUAUUGAAAAAGUUGAGAAUAAUGAUGCAACAAUGACGAACAAGCUUGUAUUUCAGCUAUAUAUAUUAGAUCUUCUGAAAAUAUUUACUGAAUGCGCUACCAGUUGUGAUUUUGAAAUCAUUUUCUCUGUUAUACGAAAAUGGUUUACAACUGAUCAAGCAGCACUUCAAAAAAAAGCAUUUCGCAUUUUGGAACAUAUCUAUAAGCGAUAUACGAAUAGUGAAUUUGCUUCAUUUUUUUCUUCAUAUGAAGAUGAGCUUUCAAAUAUUUUGAUGCAGGAUAUCGACACAAUCGCAUAUAACGCACGUUCUUCAUUAAUCGCGAUUUUUAAAAUUAUAUUAAAUUCACUUUCAUCGUUCGUACAUCUGAAGCAAUUCGUUUCUCAAAUAAUACAUCGCCUGAUUAUCUGUCUUGAUAAAAUUCAUAAUUUACAUACUCGUGAAAUGGCUGUCGGAUGUUUUUAUGAAAUGUGCGAACGUUUGUUACUACUGGGCACGGAACAAAGUGAAAGUCCAACUACUGUUUUCUCACCUCUGCUUCAAACUCUUUACGAUAUGGUAGUUUACGACGAAAAUACUAGCGCGAGCUCAGCAGUUCCUAUGAAUAUUGCUAGGUCAGUUAUGGUUGCUUUCAAUUUGAUCGCCCAGAGAUACAUCAAAAUAUUGGAAGGAACGAUUUUAAAUAAACUGAUAAUGCUUGCAUGUAGUUGGAUAAGUGAUGGUCGCCCGCCUGUGCGUAUUCUAGUUAUUAGGCUAUUUCGUGUUUUGUGUAAAAAACUUCCCGAUUAUUCACUGUAUCAGUAUAAAGAAAUUUUGCUAACAACUAUUUUUGAGAAGCAGUUGACAGCCGAUAUCACACAUAGGGUUCGAAAAGCAAAUCGACUUCUUCUAGAAGUGCUGGUGGACCGAUUUGGAAUUGAAGUGUUGGAGAAAAGUACUGAAAAAUCAGAUUGGUUGAAGCAACUUAAAGCCAUCAAAAAGAUUCGACGCCGACGUGAACGACAAAUUUAUGCUACCGCUAUGGAUCCUGAUGUUGACGAUAUUGAAACUUGUUCAACUGUCUAUUCAAGCGCUAAUACAGCUGGCGCAGAUACAAUCUUGGAUGAAUUACUUGAUGAUAGUGCUAGCGAAGAUGGCGUCGGCACCACAUUUGACACUAAAUCACUUGCAUCAAUGAAAAGUUCAAUAAGGCUGAGGGAAGUGAACGAUAAUGAUGAUCUUAUUGAUUUGCUUGAUAGGAAAUCUGUAAUCAAUAAUACAGCUACUGAAAAUCUUCUGAAAAAGAACAGAACACGCGUAAAGGUGAAUGAGAGUGCACGAAGCGAAUUCAAGUUGACUAAAGAUGGUCGUUUGAUAAUCGAGGAUUUGGAUUCAUUUUCGAAAAGAAGCAGGAAACGUAAAAAUAGUGAAAUUUUUGAAAUGGAAGAAAUUGAUGAAACGAAUAAAAAAAUAAGGAUUAUGGACGAUAGCGAUGAUAGCGAUAGUUCGGGCAGUGAUGAUGAAAACGAAAAUUCGAGCGAUGCAGCUAAGAAAGUGGUUAGAGUUAAUCCAUGGAAACCUGGUGGUCGUGGUAUACAUAGAGAUACCGGAAAUGAUAAACGUUUUCUGUCUACAUCAUCGCUUCGAACUCGGAGAGCCAAUAAAAAAGCCGGUGGAGAUGUUAAAAAGAAAGGAGUCAAAUAUGAACCAUAUAAUUAUAUACCUUUAAAAAGUUUAAAGAAGACAAAUGCUGCAUUGAAGCGAUUAAAAAUUCAGAAAGUUUGGAAAAAAGGUCGAAAAUAG